ACUCCUAUGGAUCCAACUAUCAAACUAGGAGCUAAGGAAAAUUGUGCACCCGUGGACAAAGGAAGAUACCAAAGAUUAGUAGGUAAACUAAUAUACCUAUCUCACACACGACCAGACAUUGGAUUUGCUGUUAGCAUGGUAAGUCAGUUCAUGAACAAUCCAAAUGAAGAACACAUGGAAGCUGUGUAUAGAAUCCUGAGAUACCUGAAACUAACACCAGGUAGAGGAUUAUUUUUUGAGAAGAACCAAAGAAGAGAUAUUGAAGUGUUCAGCGAUGCAGAUUGGGCAGGAUCAGUACAAGACCGAAGAUCAACUUCAGGAUAUUGCACUUUUGUGUGGGGAAAUUUGGUCACUUGGAGAAGUAAGAAGCAGUCAGUGGUGUCAAGAAGUAGUGCAGAAGCUGAAUUCCGGGCAAUGGCACACGGUAUUUGUGAGGGAAUUUGGUCAAAAAGGGUGCUAAAGGAAUUAAAAAUUUCAAAUGAAGAACCUAUGAAAAUGUUCUGUGAUAAUCAAUCAGCAAUCAGCAUUGCCAAAAAUCCAGUUCAUCAUGAUAGAACAAAACAUGUGGAAAUUGAUCGACAUUUUAUAAAGGAGAAGAUAGAGGAAGGAAUAAUCAAGAUGUUGUACGUGCCUACAUGUCUUCAGACAGCAGACAUCCUUACCAAGGCUCUAUCGAGAAAGGUGUUUGAUGAUCUGAGUUCCAAGCUGGGGUUAAUUAAUAUUUACCGCCCAGCUUGAGGGGGAGUGUAGAAUUAUAGAGAGAUUUAUGUUUAAGGAUCUGUUAGCAAUA